UACUAAAAGUAGUGAUGGAUAUUUUUGUCAUUGUUAGAUUAGAUCGAAUAUUAUUCAACUCAUUGCAGAGGACAACCUUGGAGGGUGUGAAGGAUGAAUACUGGAGAUACACACCACUGCUUAAAGCUGCACUCAGAGGCGACUGGGACGCAGCCAGAAGAUUCUUUGUCAAAGCUAUCACAGCCCCAAUCACAAACGUUUCUGAGACAGCGCUUCACAUAGCAGUCGGGACUGGAGAAAGGGCAAUCCAUUUUGUGGAGAAGUUGAUGGUGUUGAUGCCAGUGGAAGCCUUGACAUUGCGGGAAAAACAUGGUGAUACCGCCCUUCAUACGGCUGGUACGGUUGGCAAUACGAGGGCCGCUGUUGUUUUGGUGCAAAAAAAUCCUGAUUUACUCUACAUUCACGGGUAUCUUGACCGAUUACCGCUCCAUUGUGCUGCUCUAUAUGCUUGUAAAGACACCCUUUUGUUCUUAUUGACCGUUACCAAGGAUGAUCAUGUGUCUAUGCCCUUCUCAAAUGAAAAUUUUGUUCGGCAUGUCAAUCAUGCAAUCAACUCCAGAUUCUAUGAUAAGUCGAUCGCCCAAGCUAAAUAUUCUAUGUCAAGUGUAUAUAAAUGAGAAAUACCAACUAUUCUACUGUGUUUAUAUUUUCACUUUUUGUUUCUUUUUGUCUUAUCUGUGACAAACAGAUGUAGGCCUCAAUCUGGUGGGACGCUAUCCCCAAGCAGCUCAAUCAAGAGAUGUAGUCCGCAAUCUUCAUGUUUUGGGAAGUAUAGCUAGAAAGGCAUCCGCAUUACCCAGUGGUGUUCCUGUGAAAUUGGAGACGUUCAUCGCCAUCAAAGAUCCCAUGAGUAGAGGCGACCUUGAGAAUCCAACUGCUAAUAGAAGAUCUCAAUUAAUUGCACCCUUUACCGAGAGAUUUAUUUUCGCAGGUAAAAAACAUGCCAAUAAAGGCUAUUUUUGGCGUAGUAUAUGUAGACUCCCAAUAUGAGUUGGGUGUUACGUUUUUUUCCUAAUCUGUUGAGUAUUCAGUUUAAUUUUUUUUUGGGAUCCACACUAGCAUCUUCUUUCCAUGUUUAUUUCAAUUAAUCAAUUUAG